AGUCAUUAACGUUAACAGAGAGGACAUUCCCUGAAGGGAUGCGAAAAUAUGUACAUUAUUACACAGAAUUAUUACGCCCACAGAAGAUACUGGACACUUGCCACGCUGGGCUCAGCAACUCCUGGAGGCUCACACCGGGGGCCCUCUACCAAGUGCAGGAACCAUGUUAAUCUGUUCCCGCCAGAGCUUGGCACUUAGAGAUUAAAAGCCAUAUAUCUUUUGCAUAGGAUCCAAGUUUGAUUCCCAGCGUCCUCGUCAGUGUGCCCACAGCGCCCAUUACUCCAGUUUCAAGAAAUCUCACUCUUCUGGCUUCCCCGAGCACAAUAAACUAUCUUAGAAAAAAAAGUGAAUUAAGAUGACUGUCAAUGUCUAACGCAUAAACUUGUCAUGAGUACUUUGGGAUAGUGGUCGGGCUGGGUGCCAACUUGGAAGGUGUGGGAAGAGACUUCUUCACGCAGGAUGCUUCUGUCUCUUUGAUCUGGGAGGGCCGGACGUUGUGGGAGGUCUGUCCAUAACCAGUCACUUCUCUGGGUUGCCCUGCCGCGGGUCUCUUAGGCCUAAUGAGCUUUCCCAUCGGGACCCCAGACGCCAGUUCGCCCCUUGGAAGCUCUGAAGUGCGUGCUGGUGAUGAUGCAAGCAGUGGGUACUGGGACAAGAAUCCCAUCCCCCGGCCUCUGAGCAUGCUCAUUGCGGGGCGGCGGCGGGCUCGGACUCUAGACCUACUCAGUGGGGCGCUGGUCUACUCUUUGGACGUGCUUAGUAGAAAGGGUGAACUGGUCUGGUCGGGUGGCUUCUGCGCAUGAUCAGUGUGGAGCUGGCCCGGAUCCAGUAGGGUAGCCUCUGGGCAUGCUCAGCACAGCGGGGCCGGAUCCAGAGGAGUAGCUGUUGCGCAUGCUCAGAGUGGUGCUCGCCCGGCGGAGCGCACAGGGGGCGGGCAGAGGCGGGGCCGCGGCGCCCUUAUCCCGGGCGCGGGCGGCCGGGGUUCAGAGUGCGGGCCGCGGAGCGGGCAGCGCGGUCUCGGCAUGGGUCCGCGCGCUGGACCUGCGCGGGCGAUGCCGCCCGGUCCUCCCUGACGCCUGACGCUAAGUGUCGCCGCCCUGAUGGCCGCCGAGCCCCCAGCGCUGCGCCUGCGGCCGCCGGGAAGCACCGGAGACAGCCCGCCGGUGCCGCGCCUGCUCGGAGGCUGCGUGCCGCUGUCGCAUCAGGUGGCUGGCCACAUGUAUGGCAAGGACAAAGUGGGCAUACUCCAACACCCAGAUGGUACAGUUCUGAAACAGCUACAGCCGCCGCCACGGGGCCCCAGAGAGCUGGAAUUUUACACCAUGGUUUCCGCUGCUGACUGUGCCGACACUGUUCUCCUGGAGCUGCGAAAACACCUGCCCAAGUACUACGGCGUCUGGUCCCCUCCCACCGCACCAAACGCAGAUGUGUACCUAAAACUGGAAGACGUGACUCAUAAGUUUAACAAGCCCUGUAUAAUGGACGUGAAGAUUGGGCGCAAGAGCUACGACCCCUUUGCCUCAUCAGAGAAGAUUCAGCAGCAGGUCAGCAAGUACCCUCUGAUGGAGGAGAUCGGGUUCCUGGUGCUCGGCAUGAGGGUUUAUCAUCUUCACUCUGACAGCUACGAGACACAAAACCAGCACUACGGAAGAGGCCUGACGAAAGAGACUCUGAAGGAAGGCCUCUCCAAGUUUUUCCACAAUGGCUUCUGUUUAAGAAAAGAUGCGAUUGCAGCCAGUAUUCAGAAGGUCGAGAAGAUUCUCCAGUGGUUUGAAAAUCAGAAGCAGCUAAACUUUUAUGCAAGUUCUUUACUGUUUGUUUAUGAAGGUUCAUCUCAGCCAGCUACUACAAAAGCAAACGAUAGAACUUUGGCGGGGAGGUUUCUCUCCAAAGGACCCCUGUCGGAUGCGGCUGUCCUGGAGUGCAAUAACAACUUCCACCUGUUCAGCGCCCCGGCCAACGGGACAUCAGUAGGCAAAAGCUUAUCUAAGGCGUACUCGAGACACAGAAAGCUGUAUACAAAAAAGCACCAGAGCCAGACUUCCCUGAAAGUUGAAACUCUGGAGCAAGACAACGGGUGGAAAAGUAUGUCCCAGGAACACUUAAACGGAAACGUGCUUUCCCAACUGGAAAAGGUGUUCUACCACCUUCCCGCGGGUCGUCAGGAGAUCGCGGAAGUGGAAGUGCGGAUGAUAGACUUUGCUCAUGUGUUCCCUAGCAACACAGUAGAUGAGGGGUAUGUUUACGGUCUGAAGCAUCUAAUUGCCGUGCUUCGGAGUAUUUUAGACAGUUGAGUCUUUGCUGCAGUCUGUGAAGGAGCGGGCCAAUCACCAUGGAGAUCUGCAGGCGUUAGCCGUGCACCUGUACUGCUCUGUAAAAAUUUGUAUUGUGAGUCAGCGUUUUAUUUGUCUUUAUACUUUUGGUAGAUGGUUAACUUUUUUAUAUUCUUACUCAGGAAUACUAAUUUGUUCAUUAGAAAACUAUGAAGAAUAAAGAAACAGGAAUGUCGAGCAGGGAAUGUGUGGGACACGGAGCUAACAGCUGUAAAACUUGCAAAUCAUUACGCAGUGCAGUCAUUUCGAGGUCACAUAGCUUUCUGUAGCCAGUCACCAUGAAAUCUCUAUCCACCCAACCUUGCCGGUGAGCCGACUCUAAACUAUGACUUUAUCAGACCACCCUAAGAUCAGAAAGCGUCCCUAACACUGGAGAACAUUUUUACACAGAAAGGAGGCUCUGUGGUUCUAUGUUAAAGGCAGAGUGCAGCGCAGUGUAUGAAAGAAAGGUGCUUAAACGGUGCGCUCCACCAGCAGGGCGCCCUCCCGUCCCUUCUGUGCUCAGCGCUGAGCAUCAUGGGAAGGGGAGUGGGUCAGAUGGCGGGCAGCAGCAAAGGUCUUGGGAUUAAAGGCACAAAUUUUCCUCCCUAGAGUCAAGAGAAGAGAGAUUAUUUGUAAAGAACACAUUACCUUUAGUUUUUUUGUUUUUUGUUUUAGAAUUUCAUUUGUGGAAAAGUCUUCAUUUACUAUGUUGAGAGAGCUGUCAUGAAGCGCAAUGUUCUUUAGUACCAGUCUGAGGCUUCGGAGAGGUGAAUGGUGGAAACUUUGUUUUAUUUCUUCUUUAAUUUUUGAGAGUCUUUUUCCACUUAAAAACAAUCCAUUUUUUAAAAAUGUAUCCCCAUUUACUUUAUAAGCCCCAGCAUUAAACAUUUGUCAGAAUUUGGUUAAGCAUCAACGGAACGCUGUGCCUGGUGCGCUGGAGGAAUCCUUGAAAACAAUAGAUUUAUUAUAAAUGUCAUGUUUAUUUUACCACUAACACCUUUUUUUUUUUUCAAAGAAACUGUUUAUCGUUAAAGUAUUUUCAAACCUGAAAUUAAAUUCGCAAAUCCUUUUGCUGUCAUGCUACGCUUGCUUGCACUUUGACCCGCUGAUGUGAUAAAGUAACUGAACAGCUUGCCCUUUCUGUGUGAUAGCUUUGAGUCACGACUUUUUUUCUUUUCUUUUCUUUUUUUUCCUUUUUACCUCUUUUUCCUUGAGAAUUACAAACCAAACUUCUAAAUCCGAGAACCAUUUUUUUUCUGUAAGGUGGAGGGACUUUUUCAGUCCAAACGGAGUUUGCAAAUGCCCACGCUCAAACGUGAGCCCUGAAGGGAAUUCUGGGUCAUUAACCAGAGCGGGUCUGGCUAACGUGCCUUUUGGGGGUUUUCUCUGGGAGUCUGCGGGUGUUCUCGACAAGAACUACACAUUCUCUGCCCCGGGUGUAGACUGACUAUAGCUAUUUUUCUUUCUCCCAUUUUGUGGGAGUGAUUUUCAAGUGAUAAUUACUAGAAAAGUUUUGAGUUUUACGGUUUUUCUUACAACAUUGUCUUGUUAUCUGGGUGUGAUUCAGGAACUCUGGAGCUCAUGUGGCGAACAUUAUUUUGAAUCGUAAGAGGCAGUUUGAGAGGGUAUCAGCCUAUACAUACAAGGAAUUAGGAAGUUUUGGGCGCACUUCAGCUCAGUAAAAUCUUUGAUCUACAGCUGUUUCAAACAUUUCGGAAGCCAGCAUCCUGCCUUUCCGGCAACUAGGGCUUUGUCUGAAUAAAACAGGAAGUGAUUCUUAUCCCUGCUUCUCAGGGAAAGGAUUAGCAUUCAGUUCUCGUUUACAUUUUACCAACUGCUGCCCACUUUUGUGUUACUUUUUGCUCCUUGAUGCCAUGAUCAAGAUGUUUAUGAUGUUAGCAACCUUAAUCAUAACCAUAAAUGUGGCGGGCGGUUCCCGAUCUGUCCUGUCUUUAAAAAUGAUUCUGAGAUUUGCCACUUUGGGGAAGAGGCAUCUAUCACUAUCUAUCACUAGCCACGCAUAUGUGAACACACAGAUAUUUAAGAAAUAAGCAAAUGAGGAGGCGGUUUGACCCGGUGGUAAUGUUAGCCGUCCCCUCCCCACCCCCAACAUAAUUUUAGUGUGUUCUUUAUGGGAUGCACUCAUGGGAAGGACUUGUGAGUGUGAAUACAUUUCUCAAAUAAAAGUUUAAAUUGUAAAAUAGUUUUAUAAUAAAGUAUUUACAUUAAUUAUUUUAAUAUGGAUGAAAGUUGCAUAAAUUAUAAUUGUUGUUAAAUAUUUAAAUAGUCUUUCAAGAGAGUUUUGAAAACUGUAUGUAAGUGGCGUUGGUGGCCGUGUUAAAUUAGAAUGGGAUGCUUUGUUUGUUUUGCGUGUUUGGAGGGGACCUGGACACUCUGCCUUGUCCACACUACAUACAGAUUGCUCCUGUGGCCCUGCAGGCUGCUUGGCUGAGUGAGGACCGAUUCCUGAAUGCCGAUGUCCUGUGAUGUGCUUGUCCGUGAUCUGCACAGCAUUGCCCAUGCUGUCAGGCCCAUGAACUAUCAAAUUUAUAACAUGUGGGGGAAAAUGAAUUUUCAUAAUUACUUCCGUUGCGGUCUUUUUGUUGAUGUUAGGACUUGGAAUGUGUAGGCGGGAGGAAGGGCUGAACUGUGAACUGACCGGCUCUGACUGUUAAUACCACUCCCAUUGAGGUCUGAUGUCCAGACUUGAUUGGUUGAAACAACCGUUUACACAGCUGUCCCUUUCUUCCAGACUCUUGACCGUGGUUUUUGUGUGUCCGCCGCUUCCGUUGCCCUUUGUCCCCUAAAAUGGUUCAAUUACCCAGAAACAUCAAGUCCCUUUUAAGAAUGGUCUGUCUGGUUACUCUCAGGGUGGUGUCUGGGGACCUGACCCCUCUCCAAGCAUUUUCAACCACUCUCCCUGACAGGUACACUUGUGAACCAGCCAGGACUGACCAUUUCCGGCAUCCUGUCUAGGUGGAGAGAUCCUAGGGACAUCUUUAAAACAGAGAUACACAGACACCUGUAUUUAAAGCUGUUAAAGACAGUGUUUGGGUGAAGAUUGAGGGCUAAGUAGUGAGCUACAACCGAGGCAGACGAUUUGGGGGCUGAGAUCAAGGGACCGUGAGCCAAGAUUAGAAGCUCAGGACGGUAGCCUCCAGUUAACUCUCCUGCUGGGUGGUAGUUACAGACAGCAUAAAACAGCCUUGAGAAGAAUGCCCUUAGGACAUGCUCAUAAAGGUACACUCAGCCUUUAGAAUAGUAAAUAGCACAGUGUGACUACAGUUGCUCCUCAGUGGUGCAAACCUUUUAGACCUGAGUUUUCAGAUCACUGGGGUUUCAUAUUUGUCAGCGGACAUGAAGGUAUUUCUUGACUUCAGAGCAACUCUGUCACCACAUCCAAUACUGAUAUCUUGAGAAGGGAUUCAGCAUCUUUGCUGUCAGUAUUGUGUCUUCCUGCUUACUUCGAUAGCUUCUAUCAAAAGCCACCAUGAUUCUUGCCAGUAAAUCAGACAGUCAAAAAAAAAAAAAAAAAAAAGCAAAAAUGUGUGAUGUGGUUAAACUUUGGCCUGUGGUCUACUUAAAAGAUUAAAAGUUUAGUUAUUAAAGGUAAGGUUUCUGGACUCCUGUAGAUAGGGAAAAGGCACACACAGACACUUGGCUGUGAGAUCUGUGGUGGAAGAUGAGAAAUUGCACCCAAGUUGUAUUAGCAGUGACAUCCAGGCAGCAGUGCCAGCGCCCCCCCCACCCCCACCCCUUAUUUGAUGAAUGAAUGUAUUGCUGUACUUUGGUGUAAAUGUCUCUACCUUUCUUUUUUUUUUUUUUUUUUUUUCAGUGUUUGUAAUUUGUACUAUUGAUGGGAUAUUCUUGGAGUGAAAGGCUCAUCACUGUGUUUCUAGAACCAUCUAAUGUGAUAUACCAAUUUUUAUAAGCGAUAUUUAGAUAAUUCUAAUAACUGUACAUCCAACAACUUAUUAAAAUGUUUUGCAUUGGA